AUCGCAUAUUUUUACGGCCGGAUUAAAAGAGAGUCGAUAUAUUUUGAACACUCCGAAUUGAUUUUACGAUCAAUUUAUUAUAUAUGUAAGCCAUGCGACUCGCAUGGCGUAAAAUCUUGAUGGUUGAAUCAACCUUUUACCCUAUGAGAUUACCGACUAUGUCUAACCUAAUAGCAGCACUGCAAAAGCUUGUCAGCUUUGGAUAAUUUUUUGUUAUUACAAAAAGGGCCCGGAAGUAAUAGAAGACGACGAUGCCGACUAUUUUUGGUUAUCCGAUAUAAAUCUGUAAUACUCAAAAAAUGCUUAGGGUAUAAUCGAUAUCAAUUUUAUCAUUCAAGCCACACAUAAAAGGAGGACAUUUUAUUAUACAUAAACUAUUGUUGUGAGACAUACAUUAUACAAUUAUCACACAUCUUUAUGCUGAUUUAGUACAAAAAUGUUACGAACAGAGAUUUUACAUGCAAGUUAGAUCCGCUUGUGAGACUAACAGUGUUUCAUCGCGAAUCAAAAUUACUCGAUAAUAUCUCGCUUAUUCGAUAAUCUUAAUAAUGAGAUUCGGGCGCGGAUCGCACAAUCAAGUUUGAACUGAGAACACGGAGAGACCAGAUACAUCCGACUUUGCGAUUUUAUCGUUCGAAAGUUUCGAGCGUCAGUCGAUAUCGCACUACGCUCGGCUACGAUCGAUCGCUCACGCGCGAUUGUAACGUGCUGCCGCUUAACGGGCAACGCGCGAAGUACAGCGCUGCGUCCCGUUGCAUAGCGACGGCGGGCCAUUUGUACCGUUAUUCGGUGAAUUCGAAUCGCGAUCGCGGACGCGACAGUUUCGUCGUCGUUUAGCCGUGUUUCGUCGAUAUCGCGGUCGAGGGGAUAUCCGUUUUUCGCUUCCCGUUUGCCGCCGUCGUAGCCGACGACGACGACGACGACGACGACGACGAUGAACGAUGUCGCGACGAGGAAGCCGGGCGAAGAAGACGCUCCCGACGAGCGCGUCGCGACGUGGUCGCGACACGAUGACGACGACGAGUACGAGCUCGCGGAAUACGACGCGACCAGCGUCGAUCGUCGGGAUGACACCGCGCGCGACGACGACGACGACGAUGACGACGACGAUGACGACGUUGGCGCCAGGGCGCCGCCGCGCACGACGGAGGAGACGACGUUGCGGCAAGUACAGCGCGAACUAUGCCUGAUCAAACUGUGCUGGAAGCCGGAAGUCUCGCCGGCGACGCCGGAAGACCUUUACGUGCGAUCGCUUCCGGACGCUUACCGAUGCGUCAGCGGCAAAGAGCGAUUGUUGCUGUGGUACGCGGAGAACUUUCGUCGGCAGUUUCACGCGAGGUACCCGGAUCGUAGGCCGCUGUUGCUGGCGUGCGAAAACGAGUGCGGUGUACAAGUUAGUACAAGUUGCGGGGCAAUUUUCCCCCCGCCGUCUGCUAUCGCCCCCUCCCCCCCCCUCUAA